CAACUCAUCAUAUCUAAGUGAUUCUUUCAGAAUUCGUGUGCUUCCCUCUCUGACGACGUUGCAACUAAUUCAUGACUGUCCAGCUGACUUUCACAUGAAGACUGGUGCAUUACUUGUCGGCGACCCAUGUUUCAAACACAUCAUCUCUGAGGGAGAACUCUUGGAGCAACUUCCAGGAGCAAGGAAAGAAGUGAAGAUGAUCGAACGUAUCCUCAAUGUUUCCCCCCUUACUGGAGAAAUGGCAACAAAACAUGAAGUGUUAAAACGAAUAUCAUCAGUGGCGUUAGUUCAUAUUGCAGCGCACGGUAAAAAGGAAACAGGAGAAGUUAUCCUGGCACCAAACACCACAAGAGAUAACCCUCAGCCGCAAGAGAAAGAUUAUCUACUGACGAUGAAAGAUGUCAUAGAAGCUGGGUUGCGAGCACGUCUGGUUGUACUUAGCUGCUGUCACACUGCUCGUGGAAAGGUCAUGGCCGAGGGUGUGGUCGGCAUGGCGCGUGCACUUUUGGGUGCCGGUGCCAGAUCUGUUGUGGUAACCUUGUGGGCGAUUGGCGACGAGGGAACCCUGGAGUUCAUGAGUUUCUUCUACGAUGCACUUGCCAAAGGCAAGAAGGCAAGUGAAGCUCUCAAUCAGGCCAUGAAGUGUAUGAGAGAAAUUGAAAAGUUCAAGGAGGUGAUUUACUGGGCACCAUUUGUACUCAUUGGUGACGACGUCAACCUGGAUUUCAAGGAUAUUUCGAAGCUGAAGGAAUUAAGGCAGUGAGCAUUGGAAUCCCAGGGAGUUUUAGGAUACCUGCAAACGCAGAUAUUUGGACCAUAAACCAGUAAGCUACCGAUGAAAUAUUUGUCAAGAGUCUUCUUUUCAAAGCAGGAAGAACCAAAUGACGGCCAAAGUCAAGUUCAACAAGAGAACUGAUUCAAAAGUUGACUUUUUGUUUGUCUGAACUGCUCUUAAGAGCUUGAUAUUUGAUAUCCUGCUGAAACUACUGGUUUUUUUUCAUAUGAUGUCUUGAAAUUAUCAUGACUAGCUAUGUAAAAGUUAUUUUUAAUCUAAGUAUUACCAACUAAGAGGAUUAAGGCGUUACGUUUAAGUGGAAGUUGAAACGUCUUGAAAACGUUUUCCACAUUUUUUUACAGAUUUUUCUUAAUCGCUUUUCGUCUCAUGAGUGAUGUAAAGCUGUUUUAGCCAUGUGCAUGAGUGGAGAAUUUCCAUAGAAAUUAGAGAAUAAUUAGUUGUCCGAUUGCUCGUUUAUCUUUUGGUUUAUGUCAGAUGGAAAUUGUGAUUAACUUUUAGAGGAUUUGUAAACAGUCAUUGGUACUUAAAGUUAGUUUCUGCCAAUCAGAAUUUGGUUUAUCUGGACUUAAAAUGACAGAUUUUGGCCGUAAUGGCCAGGAUUUAGUCUUUGUGUUAGUUAAUUUUCUGAGAUUUCUCCUUUAAUUUUAAAUGCAAUAAAUUGUGUUAUUUUUUACAAGCAGAACGAUGCAAAGGCGAAACGAGAAGUUUUAUUUUAUAAUUUUAGUUAUGGCUUACAAAGCAUUGAAGGAGGCUCAGAAUGAGCUGGAAAGUUGAAGCCACAUGAUUUAUUUAGUUUCUCCGAUUAGAUUGUUUACUUACUAUCUAAGUACAAUAAACUAACAUUUAAAUGUCAAACAAUGAAACAA